CGCACGCGCCGCCCGGGCCGGAGCCAGGCGCUGCCGCUUCGCUGCGCCGUGCCCGCCGGCGGCGCCAGAACAAUAGGGGCCGGGGCCGGGGCCGGGGCCGGGGCCGCCCGCCGGCACAGGGCGCCGCGGCCGCUUCCAAGGCCGGGCCGGGGCCGCAGCCACCGCCUGGGUGCCCGCGGGAGCUUCAUGCGCUGCCCUUCUCCUCCUGCCCCCCCCCCCCUCUCCCCGCCCGCCGCCCCUCCGCGCACGCACCGGGGGCGCGGUUGUGCCCCGGAACAGGACUGCCACUGUUGAGUCUGUGGGAGUAUGAAUCAGCAGCAGCAGAGAAUGGCUGCAGUUGGGACAGACAAAGAGCUCAGUGACCUGCUGGACUUCAGUAUGAUGUUUCCCCUGCCAGUGGCUAAUGGAAAAAACAGACCCACGACCCUAGCAAGCACUCAGUUUGGAGGAUCAGGUUUGGAUGAAAGACCGGGAUCAGGUUCCUGGGGAACGGGAGAUCAAAACAGCUCCACAUUUGACCAAGGAAGGCAGAGCUAUGGUGAAGGCCCCCACUACGGCGAGCACAGGGACCUGCCGGCGCACAACAGCAUAUCUUCAUCACCAUUCCUGGGACCUGGACUAGUGGGGAAGGGCAGCGAAAGAGCCUCCUACUCCACGUUUGGAAGAGACACAGGGAUGCCAGGACUAAACCAGACUGGUUUCCUGCCCAGCGAAAUGGGAAUCGCGAGUCCGAGCACGCUUUCCCCCACCGGGGUGAAAGGGGGGUCUCAGUAUUUUUCUUACCCCAACAAUCCUCGCAGGAGAGGUGCUGAGAGCAACAUAGAUGGACAGCCCAAAAAGGUUCGGAAGGUGCCUCCUGGACUCCCCUCCUCGGUGUAUCCAUCCAACUCAGGUGAUGACUACAGCAGGGAUCCAGCUGGAUAUACCCCCUCGAAACCUCCCAGCACUGUGUAUCCCGGAGCCUUUUAUAUGGCAGACGGGCUCCAUAACUCGCCAGACCUGUGGAGUUCACCCGGUGCCAUGAGCCAGUCAAGUUACGGGGCCAUGCUGGGCAGCUCCUCCUCCCCGCUCCCGCAGCCCGCCGGCUUCAACAGUUUACAUCAGCACGAACGCAUGAACUACCAGCUGCAUUCAGGAGAGGUCAACGGCGGGCUCCCCUCCGUGUCGGGCUUUUCCUCAGCCUCCACCCCGUACGGCGUCUCCAGCCACACGCCCCCGAUCAGCGGGACGGACACCAUGAUGGGUAACAGAGGAACCACGGCCGGGAGCUCAGGAGACGCGCUUGGGAAGGCACUAGCUUCAAUUUAUUCCCCAGAUCACUCUAGCAAUAACUUCUCAUCAAACCCCUCUACACCGGUCGGCUCCCCUCAGGGCCUUGCAGGCACAUCCCAGUGGUCGCGAGCGAGCGGACAGGGUGCCUUAUCUCCCAGCUACGAAGGGAGCCUCCACACCUUACAAAACAAAAUGGAAGACAGGUUGGACGAAGCCAUCCACGUGCUGAGGAAUCACGCCGUGGGCCAGACAGCCGCCAUGCCGAGCAGCCACGGGGACAUGCACGGGCUCCUGGGCUCAGCACCAGCUCACAGCGCCGCUGUGGGCAGCCUGGGCCAGGCCUUCCCCGCCUCGGUCAUGUCCCUGGGGAGCAGGCACCCGAGUCUGGUGGGAGGAGGUCACCCCGAAGACGGGCUGUCCAGCACCCCCAGCAUGCUCCACAACCAUGUCACACUUCCGUCACAGCCCAGCUCGCUCCCCGACCUCAGCAGGCCGCAGGACACGUACAGCGGCUUGUCAGGGGGGCUGGGGCGAAGCAGCGUCUCCUCGGGAACCAGCGAAAUAAAGCGGGAGGAGAAGGAGGACGAGGAGAACACAUCGGUGGCGGAUAACUCAGAAGAGGAGAAGAAGGAGCUGAAACCCUCCCGGAACAGAACAAGGUGCUCUUUGAACAGUCAAGAUGAGGAUGAGGAGGACGAUCUUCUUCCCCCAGAGCAAAAAGCCGAGAGAGAGAGAGAAAGGAGGGUCGCCAAUAAUGCCCGUGAGCGCCUGCGGGUCCGUGACAUCAACGAGGCCUUUAAAGAGCUCGGACGCAUGUGCCAACUCCACCUAAACAGCGAAAAACCGCAGACCAAACUGCUAAUCCUACACCAGGCCGUAUCAGUCAUACUGAACCUGGAGCAACAAGUUAGAGAGCGCAAUCUGAACCCUAAAGCAGCCUGCUUGAAACGUCGGGAAGAGGAGAAAGUGUCCGGAGUGGUAGGAGAUCCCCAGAUGACGCUUUCAGCUUCACAUCCCGGUCUAGGAGAUGGUCACAACCCUGUCGGACACAUGUAAAGAUCUUUUUGUUCCUCUGGAUACAGAGAUCUGUAGGAAGAAAACCCUCGGUGUGACCUGCAACCUUCUCGUACCAUAAACUUUAGUACUGCUAAUACUGACACACGUGGACGGAUCCUGGCAUGACGUAAGGGGUGGAAAAACACUUUUGUCAAAAACAAAACAAAAACAAAAAAAAUUGCCUUAAGUAUAAAGUGCGGAACAGUCAAUACAUAUCACUCAGUUAGGAGGGGGUGGCGUGUUCUCUUGGCUUGUUCACAAGCAGCCAGCAGCAAAAUUGUGCCUAAGCUUAAUAUUUCUUUUUUAAAAAAAAAGAACAUUAGUUAUGAGAUUUUUUAUGUAGAACAAAUAGCAAUGCCUUUUGUUUUUUUUAGCUUCUUUUGCAUAUGUUUUGUAAGCGACGAAAAGAAUUUUUUUUUGUAUAAAAAAAUGUCUUGUACCCCAUGCUUUUCUGCUGCUGUUUCUAUAGUUAACGUUGCAUCUUUAGGAUCAACCAGAAUAUUAAAAUUGUAUUAAGAGAGACUGGAUAUAAAGAGGAAUUCUCAGAUUCGGCUCUGAAAGCCACUAAAAGCGAAUGUAGCCACAGUGAGGAGAUGUUCUUCCUUGCCUGGCUUGUACCUUCCAUUAUAAAAAAAAAAAAAAAGAAAAAAAAAAA